AUGUCAAAACGACGCAGAGACCGUUCUGAUUCCGAUUUACCUCCUAAGCGUAUUCGGACUGUUGAUUUGAGAUCAGUGGAUCGCUUAUCAGGUCUGAGCAAUGAGUUGCUCCUCCACAUCCUUUCAUUCCUGUCGGUAUCCUCUUUAAAUAUCUGUCAAAGGCUAUCCCAUCGCUUCCACGCUCUCGGUGGUGACUCGGAGCUAUGGAAAAGGCAAUACUACUCCCAAUGGGUGCAACCCCGUGCCCGCCGCCUUGCCAAUUCUAAACGUACAACGCUUCCAGCCAGAGCGGAUUACUCUCCCAGGGUGGCGAAUUGGUUUGAUCAUGGGCACUUGGAGCACGAGGGUAAUUGGAAACGACAGUACCGACUCCGGCACAAUUGGUCGAGAGGGCUAUGCCGGGUGACCGAGGUUGAAUUCCCGGAGCCACCAUGCCCUCCCACACUGGUCAGGUUCUGUGCCGGUAUUGUAUUUACGGUAGACUCGGCAUGUGGCCUGAGGGCAUGGACCGCCAAUGACCCUGCCAGCUGUUUAGCAAGUGUCUCUUUGUCAACUCGACCGAAUUCGCCUGUGAACCCAACUGCUUUGGCAGUAAGUCAAAGCUAUGGGAAUAUUGUGAUCUCAGUGGGAACCGAGAACGGCCAUCUCAGUCUGUUCCUUUUGGAUCCACAAACUUCCAAGUUGGCGCUGCAGUCUUCCUAUGCUGCCUGCAACGGGGCCAUAACCGCUAUGGCCAUGUCCACGUCAUACCUCUUAGUGGUGUCCCAGUAUACGAAUCUGAUAUUAUACGACAUGCACCAUGGCAGCCACCAAAAAUGGCAGUAUUCUGGAGCCGCUACGCCUCGCCAACUUGCCUCCCUCAAAGCAGACAACAUUUUGGCCCCUAUGACUUUGUCCCUGAGAGUGUCACAGUCUGAUAUUAUCGCCACCGUUGUGUACAGUUUCUUCCACAUCGGUUGUGGGUGGUCUAUUGGAAUCCAGGAGCUCCGAUUGAACAAAGAUGGUCAACAGCUUGAUUCUCGACUGGCAACAACGGUGGAUUCUCAAUAUGGUGUACGGCCGUCUCGAGGCUCACAGCCCAGCAAGCGACACUCUGCCGAGCCAGGUCAAAGUCAAUCCACCCCUGGUGCACCGUUCAUUCUCCACCAACAGCCACCAACCUCCCUGUCUUAUUCGCAUCCAUACUUACUAACCUCUCAUGCUGACAACACAUUAACAAUGUAUCUUGUGGUCUCUACGGCGGACGAUCUAUUCGUGCAAGGGGGCCGACGGCUUUGGGGCCACACUUCGUCCGUCUCUGCGGUUCAGGUAACCAAACGCGGAAAGGCUGUUUCGGUCAGCUCCCGGGGAGAUGAAAUCCGGAUUUGGGAGCUGGAGACGGCAAUAUCCUCCCUGGGCACCCGUAAGGCCCCCAAGGAGGAGCAUGGGAUCCAACUCAGCGCGGGGAGCAAACAUGAGCCAGCGCCCGCACUUCCAAGGACGCUUUCGGAAAGCUUGAAUAGCAAAAGCCAAGAGACCAGCCCGCUGUCUAUAAUACAAGACUGUGUCGGGUUUGACGAAGAAAGAGUACUCCUCCUUCGCGAGAAAGGAGUAGGCACACAGCUCCUUGAAUGCUACGACUUCACCUGA